AUGAUACAAAGUUUAUACAUUGAUCUAAGUAAGGAGGAUGAGAUAGUCUGGAUGCCUGCUAACAAUGGUGCUUUCUCAGUUAAAAGUACUUAUAACAUGCUCACUAAAAGUCAGUGUCAAAUUCAAGUAAAUGGCAACAUCAUUAUGCCUGCUGUUUGGAAGAACUUAUGGAGGUGCAACACUGCUCAUAGGAUUAAGCUCUUUGCGUGGAACUGCAUAAGAGAUCUUAACUCUACUAGGUUCAAGCUUUCUUAUUAUGAUACCAGUAUUGAUGUCAACUGUGGAGUAUGUGAGCAGCAGGAAGAAACAAUGGAACAUUUAAUCUUUGUUUGUCCUCGUGCAAAAGCAGUAUGGAGAGGAGUUCAGGUUGAUAUGGAUGAUGUCAGAAGAAAUUUCAGUACUGUCUCUGAAUGGGGAGUAUCUCUUAAACCUACUGCCUCUGUACAUAAGAUUAAUUAUCACCUUGCUUCUCAUCUCCAUAGCUCAGGAAUGUCAACUGCAUUACUACAGGAUAACUGCAUCUCUUUAUGGAUUCCACCUGACAUAGGGAUUCUUAAAUUUAAUGUUGAUGCAUCGUUUGAUCCUGAUACUAACCAAUUGGGAACUGGCAUUGUACUACGUGAUCAUACAGGUGACUGCAAAUGCAUCAGGGGAGAAUAUGCAAAUGGAGUUCCAAAUGCUGAAAUGAGGGAAUGCAUGACGAUACGAGAAGCUCUGAGUUGGGCUAAAAGAUUGCAGUGCUCAAUGAUUUAA